UAAACUUGUAAUUCGUUACCCAAAUUAUUUAAUAAAAAUUCAUAAUCAUUGAUUAUUUAUUCCUUGCCUUGUUUAUUGUCCUUCCAUCACCCUAAUUAUAAUCACACACACCUAAACCAUCUAAUUACAACAGUCCACUACUCCUACUUACAACUCUCAAUCUCAUGUUGACUUUGUACGGUCAAGAAAGGUCAGCGGACACCACCACCACCGCAAGUACGGCUGAGGCUUCCAAUAGCCGGGAUGAGACACCUUCGUCGGAGAUCGUCGUGAGAGAUAUUCACGCUAUGACUACGACUACGGAGCUUACUCGGCCACAACAAAGAGGAGGAGGAUACUUGUCUCCGUCUAGGUCUAUUGCUUUUAGCGACGGGACUGCUUCUUCCGGCGAGAAUUUCACCACCGUGAGCAGAGAGUUCAACGCUCUAGUCAUCGCCGGCUCUUCCAUGGACAACAACAACAACAACAACGGGACCAACCAAUCUAGCAGUGGUCAUCGUGACGUCAUACGUGACGAAAGGAACGAGCUGACUAGGAUCGGCGAAAACGACGACGUUGGUGAUCAUGAUCAUCAGGUGCCUGAGGAAGAUUCUAAUCCUUGGGCGAUUGUACCGGACGGUUACAUUAACCGGGGCGGUUCGGAGGAUAAUAAUAUCGUCUUGACGUCAUCAGGUGGUCAAAAUCGGAUGGUGACGACUGCUUCGGUGCAUAUGGUUAAGAGGGAGGAGGUGGAAGCGAAGAUAACGGCGUGGCAAACGGCUAAGGUGGCUAAGAUUAAUAAUAGGUUUAAGAGACAAGACGCCGUUAUUAACGGUUGGUUGAAUGAGCAGGUUCAUAAAGCUAACUCUUGGAUGAAGAAAAUCGAGAGGAAAUUGGAAGAAAGGAGAGCCAAGGCGAUGGAGAAAACACAAAACAAAGUGGCUAAAGCUCAGAGGAAGGCCGAGGAGAGAAGAGCGACGGCGGAAGGAAAAAGAGGGACUGAGGUUGCUAGGGUUCUUGAAGUCGCUAAUCUCAUGAGAGCCGUGGGACGACCUCCGGCUAAAAGAUCCUUCUUCGCUUUCUCCUAGCUCGUUUUGAUUAUAUCCAAAUUUCUCAAUAUAUAUAUAGGCUACAAAUUAAAGGAUCAUUUCCUGUUGGGAAUCAAUGUGUAUAUAUAUUGAAUUUAAUGCUUUUAAAGUUACUGAUAAACAUUUGUAAGUGUAUGCUUUCUUCCUUGUGUACCACAAAAAACUGAUAAAAUGUUAUUUGUGAGCCAUAAAUUUUAUUACAUGUAUCGUUUUUUCCUUC